AUGUUAACGAUGAAAUGGCUACCAUUGAUGUUUGUCCUAGCAGUUUGCUGGGCGAGCGAUCCUAUUUCCGAUGAUGUGGCUCCUCAACUUCUUGAAGAAAUUUCAGAUAAUUAUAGAUUGCCGCUAGAUGUUGUACCUUCCGAAUAUAAUAUCGCAUUGCAGCCGAUUUUUGAGUCACCUAAUAAUAAUUUUACUUUCAAAGGAGAAUCUGUGAUCACUCUCAAUAUUAUAAAAGAAACAAAUACUAUAACUUUCCAUGCUAAGGAAAUUGAUAUCAUUAAGAAUAGUAUUAAAUUAACAUAUAAAAAUAAAAACGAAAGUAUAACUGUUGAUUCAUCAGAUAUACAGUUUAAGGAAGAUAUAAAUAAGGACUUCGUAACGCUCGUUUUUAACAAGCCUAUUCCUAUAACAACAAAUGCAAAUCUGUUUUUGCAUUAUACUGGAAAGUUAAAUGAUAAAUUACGUGGAUUCUACAGAAGUUCUUACCAGAAUAAGGAAGGAAAGAAGAUAUGGCUCGCAACGACUCAUUUUGAACCAGUAAGCGCAAGAUUGGCUUUCCCAUGUUGGGACGAACCACAAUUUAAAGCACAUUUUACUAUUACCAUUACAGUUCCUCAAAAUUACAAAGCGAUUUCGAAUAUGCCUCCAGAAAAACCUAAUAAUGUAAAGAUUACUUUCAAGAAGACACCAAAAAUGUCUACUUAUCUUGUGGCUUUUGUAGUUUCGGAUUUCACGACUCUGCAAAACAAUAAUGGAAAUUUUAAUGUUUUGGCGAAACCUACAGUAGAGCAAAGCACUAAAGAAUUCGCAUUAAAAUAUGGAUUAGAAACGUUACAGGCACUAAAAGAUUUUACCAACAUUGAUUAUUAUGGAGGAGGAGAAAUGCUCAAGCUGGAUCAAAUUGCAAUACCAGACUUCGCGGCAGGUGCUAUGGAAAAUUGGGGUCUUGUGACGUACAGAGAAUCUCGACUUCUCUAUAUAGAGAAUAAAACAACCACGGAAGAGAAGCAAGCUAUAGCGACAGUAAUAGCACACGAACUCUCUCAUCAGUGGUUUGGUAACUUAGUUACUUGCAAAUGGUGGAAUCAUAUUUGGCUAAAUGAAGGAUUUGCUACCUUUUUCCAAUAUUAUAUUACCGAUAAAGUUGUUCCACAACUGUCUUGGCGUCUUAUGGAACAAUUUAUUAUUAAAAAUGUGCAAGCAUCAUCAUUCGUUGUUGAUGCAAGUAGUAAAACUCGCGCAUUAAAUCCAAAAAUUGUUAUACAAACUCCUACUCAAAUUGGAAGUUUGUUCGACGAUAUUGCCUACAAAAAAGGUGCUUCUAUUCUUUGUAUGAUGCAAGGAUUCUUAUCGGAAAAUGUUUUUCGAGAAGGACUUAGGAAAUAUCUAAAUAUUUAUAAGGGCAAAUCCGUUGAGUCUGACGAUUUCUUCGAAUCUGUCCAAAAUUCCAAUGAUAAGAAAUUGGAAGAAUUUUUGCCAAAAAAUACUACACUUAAACAAGUUAUGAAAAAUUGGAUUGAUGAACCUGGAUAUCCUGUCAUUACCGUCACGUGGAAUAAGAAUUUAUCUGGUGUUGUUAGUAUAACGCAGGAACGAUUCUUCUUGGUGAAACCAGUGAAAGUAGAUAAAACUCAGUGGUAUAUACCCAUCAACUAUGUAACAGAAGAGUCGCCCGAAGAAGUGAUGCCCACGGAUAAAAAAUCUCGCUGGUUGAUACCCGGAACAAGUACAUCAUUAGACAAAUUAAACAAUACGAAAUGGAUACUUUUCAAUAAGAAUCAAACAGGUUUCUAUCGUGUAAAUUAUGACGAUUCAAAUUGGCAAAAGCUAGCGUCGUACUUAAAAUCACCUUAUUAUGCUAAUAUAAGCACAACCAACCGCGCCCAAUUAAUUGAUGAUGCAUUAAAUCUCGCGCGUUCAGGACACUUGGCAUAUAAAACUGCAUUGCAGAUCACAUCGUAUCUGUCAAAUGAGACUGAUUAUAUUCCAUGGUAUGCCGCUGUCAGAUCAUUUAAUUAUCUGGAUAGUGUAUUAGUAGGUGGAAAGAACUACACAGAAUAUCACAAAUAUGUCGCUGAAAAGAUAAAACCUUUUGCAUUAAAAGUCAACUACAAAGAUUGGGAAAACGGUACACAUGUAGAUAAACUUGCCAAAGUGUUGGCACUAAAUGCAGCUUGUAAAUACGGAUUAGAAGACUGCAAUAACUUUGUUAAUAAGAAGCUUACAGAUUGGUUAGAUAAUAAGAAGAAAGAAGAUGAGAAGAAACUCUUGCCAGACUUAAGACGUGGAAUUCUUUGCGCCGGAUUGCGAAAUGCAAGCGCACAAAUAUGGAACGAGGCUCUACAAAAGUACAAAACCACUAAAGAUAAAGAUGAAAAGGCUGACAUUCUGGCCGGUCUUGGUUGCGCCACAUCCAAGGAAAUUGUCCAGAAAUUCCUCGCGUUAACUGUCGAGAAGGAUUCCCACGUCGAUAUUUUUGCUGUGGUGAAUUCGAUAUAUGCGGGUAAUGCCGAAUCCUUCGACAUCCUCGUAGAGUUCAUCAACGAUAAUAUUGAAACGAUUCGUAAGACGUAA